CCCCUGUUUGCCUUCCUGUACAAGGAGCAGUUUCCUGUGGAUGGCUGGAAGGUAUACGACCCGACAGCAGAGUACAGACGUCAGGGCCUCCCCAAUGAAAGCUGGACCUUCAGCAAGAUGAACAGCACCUAUGAGCUGUGUGACACCUAUCCCUCCACCCUGGUCAUCCCCACCAACAUCACAGAUGAAGACAUCAAGCGAGUGGCUGUGUUCAGAGCCAAGCACCGCAUACCGGUCUUGUCCUGGAUUCACCCAGAGUCUCAGGCCACCAUUGUACGCUGCAGCCAGCCAUUAGUCGGACCUUCGGACCGCCGAUGUAAAGAGGAUGAACGCUUCCUCCAAAUCAUCAUGGAUGCCAAUGCCCAGUCCCACAAGCUCACCAUCUUUGACGCCCGGCAGAAUAGUGUAGCAGACACCAACAAGGCAAAGGAUGGAGGGUAUGAAAGUGAGAGCUUCUACCCGAAUGUCGAGCUGAACUUCCUUGAAAUCCCCAACAUUCAUGUGAUGAGGGAGUCUCUGAGGAAGAUGAAGGACGUGGUUUACCCCACCAUAGAUGAAGUCCACUGGCACUCGGCUAUUGACCAGACACACUGGCUGGAGUACAUACGGCUGUUAUUAGCAGGAGCAGCGAAGAUAGCGGAUAAGCUGGAGUCCGGGAAGACGUCGGUGGUGGUUCACUGCAGUGACGGCUGGGACAGGACUGCUCAGCUCACCUCUCUGGCCAUGCUGAUGCUGGACAGUCACUACCGCACUCUCAGAGGAUUCGAGGUUCUGAUGGAGAAGGAGUGGAUUAGUUUUGGACACAAGUUUGCUGCUCGUGUGGGUCACGGUGAUGAGAACCACGCUAACUCAGAGCGCUCACCUCUCUUCGUCCAGUUCAUCGACUGUGUUUGGCAGAUGACUCGACAGUUCCCAGCAGCCUUUGAGUUCAAUGAGCUGUUCCUGAUCACGGUGCUGGACCACCUGUACAGCUGUCUCUUUGGUACAUUCCUCUAUAACAGUGAACAGGAGAGGGCAGCCAAGGAGGUGCAAACCAAGACGGUGUCCCUGUGGUCCUAUAUUAACAGCCAGCCUGAGGACUUCACCAACCCCUUCUAUGUGGACUAUGAGCACCACGUCCUGUAUCCGCUGGUCUCCUCCAGACAUCUGGAGCUGUGGAGCAGCUACUAUGCCCGCUGGAACCCACGCAUGAGACCACAGGUACAUGACCAGCAUUACCGGCAGAGAACUGCCCAGUAUGACCAGUUAAAGUAACACUAACAGAGAAAA